AUACCGUUAUAAACUGACAACGGAAAAACUAAACUUAAAUAUAAGUAAAUUUUCAAAUACAGCGGUUAAAAAAAAAUUGAAAAAAAAAAAAUAACUACACAUACAUCCAACAACCAAAAGCACGCAAAAACCAAAUCAAAUGUGUUUCAAAAAAAUCAAAACGGAAAUUAAAACAAACUAAAUUUAAGGAAAUGAAAAUAAACCUACACACACACACAUACAAAGUUUCAAAUUAAAUUAAACCAAGUUUAAACUUUUUAUAAAACAAACUAAAAACUACGAGACAAGGUCACCGUCGCACCGUAUAACGCCAAACCGUAAUUAAUUGUUAAACGUGCAGCGCUACAAAACAAUUGGUGGCAAGCACUAUUUAUAUGGAAUUUAAGUUAUUAGUGCCACAGUGAAAAAGUGAAACAAUUUAAAAGAAAAAAUUAAAAUCCUUAAUUUAUGUUUUUCCUUAAAUUUUUUAUAAUUUGGAUCCAUUAAUCUGUGAUAUAUUUUAAAACAACUAUGCCAGCAACAUUUUAAUAAAAAUAUUCAAUUGAUUUUUUUAAUAAACAAAAACAAAAUUAAUGCCUAUUUUUAAAAAAAUUUCCUAUAAGAAUUUAAAUUGAUUAAAUUCUUUGUUGCAACACCGAUAGUUUGUUGCAGCAUGGAACUUUUGAAAUUAAUGAUGUUCAAAAGUGACUUUUUGUCAAGUGAUAAAUGUGAUGAUCGUGUACCGCCUAUAAAUUUAAGUCAAUUGCCUGAAUUUUUAUUGUCAACGAUACCAAAAUGUGGAGGCUGUCAUGAACUGAUAUUGGAUCGAUUUAUUUUAAAGGUGCUGGAACGUACGUGGCAUGCGAAAUGUUUACAGUGUAGCGAGUGUCAUGCCCAGUUAAAUGAUAAAUGUUUUGCCCGUAAUGGACAAUUAUUUUGUAAAGAAGAUUUUUUUAAGUCUUCUAACAGGCGUUACGGAACUAAAUGUUCCGCUUGUGAUAUGGGUAUACCGCCAACUCAAGUAGUGAGACGGGCUCAAGAUAAUGUCUAUCACCUGCAAUGUUUCCUAUGCGCCAUCUGUUCGCGUACCCUAAAUACCGGCGAUGAAUUCUACCUCAUGGAAGAUAGAAAACUUGUGUGUAAACGUGAUUAUGAUGAGGCUAAAGCGAAAGGUUUAUAUUUGGAUGGUUCCUUAGAUGGUGACCAACCGAAUAAACGACCGCGCACCACAAUCACUGCUAAACAAUUGGAAACGUUAAAAACCGCCUACAAUAAUAGUCCGAAACCUGCGCGACAUGUACGUGAACAGCUGUCACAGGAUACGGGUCUAGAUAUGAGAGUAGUACAAGUCUGGUUUCAAAAUAGGAGAGCGAAAGAAAAACGCCUGAAAAAAGAUGCGGGUCGAACACGUUGGAGUCAAUAUUUCCGUUCGAUGAAAGGCAAUUGUUCGCCACGCACUGAAAAAUUCCUAGACAAAGAUGAUCUUAAAGUCGAUUAUGAUAGUUUUAGUCAUCAUGACCUAAGUAAUGACAGCUAUAGUACGGUCAAUUUGGGUUUAGAUGAAGUUGCCUCGCCACAUAGUUUAAGAGGUUCAUAUCUGCACGGUAGUUCAAGUCCUUCACAAUAUCCAUCUAGUCGUUCGCCACCACCAGUGGGACAAAAUCAUUCAUUUGGUUCAUAUCCUGACAAUAUAGUUUAUACAAAUAUAGAUCACAAUUCCACAUCGAAUAUGCAUGGUUCCAAAUCACAACGCCUACAUGGCGGCAGUGCCGUUUCUGAUUUAAGUAAUGACUCUAGUCCCGAACAAGGUUUUCCUGAUUUUCCACCCAGUCCUGAUUCAUGGCUGGGCGAUGCGGGGAACACCUCAAAUCCGAAUUCAUCAACACCUGCUGUACAUUACUGAUACUCAAAUAUACUCUUUAGAUAUUUUCAAAUGCAAUCGCGCAAUUUUUUUCUGGCUACCCAUGGUCUACCGCAAUUGGACUCCUCAAUAACAUCAACUACAUUAUCCCUACCUGCAGUACAUAAAUCCGAGCAAAAAUCAUAACAUUUUGAACAUACUAAAGAUCAUGGUAACUAAUUGUCCUUAUGAUGAUCAAUUUCCAAUUAUUUAUCAUAUAACAAUCUGUGUAUAUACAUAUGUACAUAUGUAUGUAUGAUUCUGCUAAGGUUUCUUUAUUUUCGAUUCUUAUCAGAUCAUUUCUUUGUAGAGAAAGAAACUUAUAAAAAUAAUUAAAUUGCUCAAAAGUUUAUAAAAUUAUUAACAUACUGAUGAACAUAAUAUACAUAUAAUGUAAUGUCGGUCCGAGAAAAUUCACGGUUUAAAACCCAUAACUAUGGUACAAGUUGUUGGUUUAACAAGUCCACUGCUACCGAGAGUUCCUUCCUGGAGGAAAAAACUUUAGUUUUAAUUUAAUACCGAGUACAACUCAGUGAUAUACAAAACUAUAGACAAGACUAUUGAAAAUACUACAAACCAGACUACAGACUAGAUUUUACACUACACUAUUUUAUACUCUUGGCUAGACUGUAGACUAGACUAUAGGCUAGACUAUAGACUGCAUUAUAGACUACUUGACUAUAGACCAGACUAUAGGUUAGAAUUUAAACUAGAUAACAGACUAGAUUUUAAACUAAACUAGAAUUUAGACAAGACUAUAGCCUAUACUUUAGACCAAAGACCAGUUUGACAAGACUAUAGAAUAAAUAGUAGACUAGACUGUGGA